AUGGUGAUGGGUGCCUUGUCGUUGGAUGAGAUCAGAAAGGUACGAAGAGCUGAUGGACCAACAAGCAUCUCGGCCAUAGGCAGUGCCAACCCUCCCAACCAAGUGAUCCAAGCAGAGUAUCCAGACUACUACUUCCGCAUCACCAACAGUGAACACAUGAACGACCUCAAGGAGAAGUUCAAGUGCGUGUGCGACAAAUCAAUGAUAAAGAAACGUUACAUGCACUUGACUGAAGAGUUUCUCAAGGACAACCCCAACAUAUUCACCUUCAUGGCUCCUUCCUUGGACGUUAGGCAGGACAUCUUGGUGACCGAGGUCCGUAAGCUAGGUAAAGAGGCUGCAGUUAAGGCUAUCGAGGAGUGGGGUCAGCCCAAGUCCAAGAUUGAAACAAUAGUCUUCUGCAUCACCUCUGGUGUUGACAUGCCUGAUGAUGACUACCAGCUAAUCGGGGAAAAAAAAUGCAAUUUCGGGUUUUGA